AUGGAGCGGCGGGACUUACUAAGAAAAUCAGCAGCGCCGUUCAACCGCACCCUCCACACGGCCGCCCUGCCCUCCAUAAUGCUCGACUACUACGAGCUCCAACCCCACCUCGGCCCGCGCCUGCGGUGCCGCGGCCCGCCCUGCCCCAAGUUCGGCCACUGCGGAUCCGCCUUUCCCCACGUACAAGCCUGCUGGAACGAGCACCUGAUAGAUCCGCGCCCGCUGUUCCCUGCGGACCCACUCAACUGCCCCCGGCUUCAACCCGUGGAGGACGUGGGGCGGCUGCGGCGGCCGUGGUACUUCAUUGACUCGCAGUGCUCGCACCGCGUGGACGUGAAUGCGCGGGAUGCUACAGCCAUGCAGGUGUUCAAGAUGAAGGAUGUGUACUCAGCGUUCGGCGGAUACGUGUUCAACUUGACGCAUCGCUUCAACCGCAACGGCUGCAAGCGCUUCCUCAAGGUGCCGCGCUGUGCUGUGUUGUGUUGUGUGCAUGCUUGCCUUCUUUCUUCCUUGAUUGUUCCGUGCCGGCUGUACCAUCAUUCGUGCACCUCUAGUGCUCGCUCCAUGUGCUUCCCAGGCAAUGCUCAGCGUGUGCCCAUGAGGGGGAGGGGAGCGGUUCACUGGGCGACACUCACCCCCAACAUGACGGUGUACCAUCUAAAGGAGGUGUUCAACUGGGACUACCGCCAGGCAGGGAACUUCUACCACUUCAUCAUCGAAGCCGUCCCGCUGCUCUAUGCCGCUGCUCGCCUGCUGCCCUCGCUGCUGCCCGACGUCCCCAUUGCCGCCAAGGGCGACCAAGUAAGCGCGCCUUUUAUUGCCGACCAGGUAACACCCGCCGUCUUCCUGCCUCCCGUUUCUCUUUUUAGCUGUUCUGCUUUGCCUCCCGCCUCCUACUUUCGCUGCCCGACAUCCCCAUCGCCGCCUCUUUCAUCCUCCUUGGCCCCUCCUUCCAUUUCCCCUGCCCCGCCCACGUCCCAGUGGGAGUGGGAGGUGUACGACCAGAUCGGGCUGCCCAUAGUGGGCGUGCCUCGUGAGGACAUGUGGACCAUCCGAGUGCGCGCAUGGGAGAUCGUAUAUGCCGACACCAUGUACCAGCCCAUGGCACAGACGUGUGGCGGUCCCAACAAGGCCCUUUGGACGCACCUGCGCCGCCACCACCUGCUGCCGCCUGGCGGGCUGCCGCUCUUCCACCGCAACUGGACGCUGCGCUCCGUGCCGCCGCUCGCUGACCAGGACAUGGCGGCGCUGCCGCCCAACUGGGUGGUGGUGCUGGGCAAGCGGCCAAUGGCAAAGCGCGCGCUGGUGAACUGGGACGGGCUGCGCGACGCGGUGUAUGCGAGCUUUGAGAGCUACGGGAGUGAACGCAUUGUGGUGUUCCAAGGAGACCUGCGCAUCAUGGAAGCCCGGGCUCUCUUUCGCCGGGCGUGCCUGUUUGUGUCGGGCCACAGAGACGCCUUCGCCAGUGUCAUCUUCAUGCCCGCCAGCCCCCUUCUGCCCCAACCCAUUUCACUCAACACCCCAUGCACCCCUGAUGCGUGCUCUUCUCAAUGCACUCCUCUCUCCAUGCUACCCCAAUUGUGCCCCACACUACUCUUUCCCAUACCAGCGCGGGCUCUCUUCCGCCGGGCGCGCCUGUUUGUGUCGGGCCACGGGGCCGCCUUCGCCAAUGUCAUCUUCAUGCCCGCCAACGCCUCCAUCUAUGAGAUCCGCCCCCGCAAGUGUUACAAUGCCUGUUAUAACAACCUUGCACAUGCUUGCUCUGUGCGUUACCACCUCUCCUUCGGUGAUGGCACGUGCUAUUCGUCUUUAAAGGCGAACUUGACUCAUGUGAGGGAGACCCUUUCCACGAUAGCGCAGAGAUUUAGAGACGAGGAUGCUACUAUUGCUGAACAAUAA